AUGCCUGGUCUUCUGGACUGCCAGAAUGGAACCAACAUCGGAAUCACAAAUGAUAUCGGCGCAACGUUGACAUCGGAGGAGAUAGCCAAAUUUGAGUUUGGUUCCAAGUGCCUGCUGGCAGGCUGGAACUUUUAUGUAACCCUCAUUUGGUGUCUCAAAGCUUGCAUUUUGUUCUUCUUCAGUCGCAUCACGCUUGCUACAAGACAGCAGAAGAUUGUCAAAUGGACAGCCGUAGCGACAGGAUUAGCCUAUGUUGGUGUCAUAGCUGUCAUUUGGGGGCACUGUACACCUGUUCAAAGGAACUGGCAGGUGGUCCCUUAUCCAGGAGACGAGUGUACUUUGGCCGUUGCGAACUACUUGAGUCUUGUGGUACUCAAUAUUUCAACAGACUUCCUCAUUGUAUCAAUACCACUACCACUCUUGUGGGCCGUCAAGCUCAGUAUCAAACGAAAGCUUGCUAUUGGACUCCUGCUCUGCUCGGGCAUCUUCGUCAUGAUCGCCGCUUUGCUUCGCUGCAUCCUGUCGCUCAAGGACAUUGAAGGUAUCAAUGUCAGCACCAUCUGGGCAAUAAGAGAGACUUUUGUUGGAAUCAUCGCCGUGAACGCAGCCUGCAUCAGACCACUGUUUUCCUCCUCACAUUGGUUGAGGUCUACUAAGGGCAGCAGUGGAGCCAACCAGAAGUACCCCAGCUCAGGUGACAGAUACGGCCAUCAGUUAGUCACAAUAGGAGGUGGAGGGCAAAGUGUCGAUCGAUCUGGAUUGCCUUCAAAGAGACGGUACAACAAAUACAACAUGACGGAGCUGGACAACAACUCAAGCGAAGAGCAGAUUGUCAAAUCGUCCGACUCAGCCAGCUGGCCUCAAAAUGGAGGUCGCGACGGCAGUUUAAACAGCAAAUCUAGUGGCCAGCACGGGCAUGGUGGUAUUGUUGUGACAACUACGUAUGAGGUGAAGCCCGAAAACAAAGUCUGA